CCAGCCGCGACGCCGACGCCGCCGGCGCCGCGACGCGCUGCGCCGCGCCGGCCCGUCUCCCCGGUGGCUGCGCCGACCACACGCCCGGACGCCGAGCACCACGUCUAGCGACAGGUUUGGUACGCGUUUCAGACAACGGGACACGACGCGCCUUCUCCCAUCCGCGGCCUGUACUAGUAGAGUCAAAACGCCGGCCUCCACCGUCCCUGACAUCACGACGGUGACGUGCCCGCAGAGUGACGGCUGCGACCCAGCCUGUGUGCCGACUCCCUCUUUUGGUGCUCGCAGCCUCGACUGAACGCGGGCGGGAGGGGAACCGGCGGUCGCGAUUGGCCGCCGCGGGCCUUACUCGCUGGCUGCGCCGCGACGGCCUGUCGCCGGCACACUCUACAAGAAGAUGCCGCGCGGCUAAGGCGACGCUAGUUCACACACGACAGCUCUCUACACCGCUCGCUUCCCGCGAUGACGAUCACGAAGAAGGACUCGGCUUCCAAGGGGAAGUCGAAGGCAACGAUAACGAAAACGAGCAAAGAGAUCGCCUCCACAUCGACCAAGAUCGCCGAGACGAAGAAGCAGGCCUUCACGACCGUGGUGAAGUCCUCCUCUUCGUCCUCCGUCUCCAGAUCCAAGCACCUCUCGUCGACGAGCGGCAGCUCCACGACGGUACAGAAGUCCUCCAGCGGCGGAAAUGCGAUCGAGUCGGCGGUCAACGGGACGGUGCUGGUGGCCAACGGAAAUGUCUCCUCCGAGCUGGCUCUGGCCUCGGGCUCCUCGACCAGCGAAGUCGUCGAAUCAGUCAGCGAGUCCAAGCAAGUCAGCCAAUCCAGCAGCAAGAAAGAGUCGUUUUCCAGCAGCUCGAGGACUGUGGUCAUGGACAGCAGCGGAAAUGUCAUCUCCGUCAUAGAGGAAUCCGACGGCGGUUCGACCCGCCAGGGUGACAGGCAAAAAGCUCUGUCCCAAGCGACGAAACAGCUCAAAGAUGGCGAGAGGAUAGUUGUAAUUGGCGGAUCGACCACGGAACAACUCGUGCAGACUGGUGGCGAACAGAUAGUCUCCGAAGUGAUCCAACAGUCGUCGAGUUCGCACGUGGCGUCCAGCAAAUCGUCCACAGUCGUCGAGGAAGUGUCCUCCUCGACAGUCAUUGAAGGACGCCAAAGUAGUGUUUCAGAAGAGUCUUUCACAGGCCGACAGAUCACUGGCCAAACUAUUGCCUCAGAACAAAUACAGCAGUCAAUGUCUACGUCGAAACAAGAAUCGUCCUCCGUCAGUCAGUCCUCGAGCGUCCAGAAUGUGUCCUCCAGCAGUGACGUGCGAGACGGACGCUCUCAGAUGAUACUGGACAGUUCUGCAUUACAAAGCGGCCGUCAGAUCGCAUUAUCCGAUCGCGGUCGUUCCGAUAUUAUCCAGCACUCGUCAUCGACAUCCUCCGUCAGCAAGCAGUCGUCAGCUGUGGAGAUGUCCUCCAGCACCAGUGUGCUGCAAGAAGGCCGUGAACAAAUAUCGGUCAGUGAAUCGUGUGUGCGCGAUGGCAAGCAAAUGACGUCUGUAUCGGAUACGGUACAGCAACAGACCAAGUCUUCCAGCAGCAUUCAGCAGUCGUCAGUAGUGGAAGAUGUGUCCGUGAGCACCAGUGUCCAGGAGAGCAUUGGGCGCACGACAGCUUCGGAGGUGACGAGCACACAACAGGUGGUGGCCGGCGAGACACGCGUCGUGCAAGAAGCGUUGAGCCAGCAACAGCUCAGUUCCACCGUCAAAGAGGCAACCACCAGUAGCAGCACCUCCAGCCGAACACAGACGCACAAGGAGGUUUCCGAAAAGAAGACGCUCGCCGUCAAGGAUAAAAAGACUGAGGCCUGGAUCAACCCGUGCAAGGAGCAGUGCAUCUGCGAGAUCUGCACAUGCGGGCGGCACCGAUGCCUGAACCGGCCGGUGACGGACGACGGGCCGCCGCUGGCGCUGGAGCCGGGCGCCGAGGUGCCGCGCGCCUCGCACCUGCACGCCGACUUCCCGGCCUACCCGCCGGGCGCCGCGCAGCGCCCGCGCCCCGUGCGCCUCCACACGCAGCUCGAGCUGCCCGACGGCUCCAUCACCGCCGUCUCCUCCUACCGCCACGACUACGACGAGAAGCACGCCGAGAGGCAGCAGAGGUACACAUACGAGGACCACCUGCAUCUCGAUGGGCAGUUCGAAGGUCAAAGUCACCUUCACGAAGAGUUCCGCGCAGUGCGUGGUGAACGUGCUCCAGUUGUGAAGCAUGGUGAUCAUCUUCGUCUGGAGGGAGAGUUUCAAGGUCAGAGCCAUCUCAGAGAAGAGUUCAAACCCGUUCGUGGUGAGCGUGCUCCAGUGGUGAAACAUGGUGACCAUCUGCGUCUGGAGGGUGAGUUCCAAGGACAAAGUCAUCUGCACGAGGAGUUCAGAGAAGUCCGUGGAGAACGGGCUGAAGUUGUGCGUCACUCUGACAACCUGAGGCUCGAAGGCGAAUUCCAGGGACAUAGCCACCUAAGGGAGGAGUUUCGUGAGGUUCGGGGCGAACGUGCUCCGGUAGUCAAGCACGGAGAUCACCUUCGCCUCGAGGGAGACUUCCAGGGACAAAGCCAUAUUCACGAAGAGUUCAAGCAAGUUCGCGGGGAGCGAGCGGAGGUGGUGCGUAGAACUGACAACCUAAGACUCGAAGGCGACUUCCAGGGACAGAGCCACAUAAGGGAAGACUUCCGCGAGGUGAGAGGCGAAAGAGCAGAUGUCGUCCGCCACACUGACAACCUGAGGCUAGAAGGAGAAUUCCAAGGCCAGAGCCAUCUACGUGAGGAGUACACAGUUACAAAAGGAGAAAGGGCUCUUGUCAGAAAGCCUGAGGACAACCUGCGUCCUGAAGGCGAAUUUAGUCCAGAGAAGAGAGACGACUAUGGGGCAACUAGAGGAGAAAGGGCUCCAGUAAAGAAACCACAAGACAAUCUGAGACCUGAGGGAGACUUUGCCAAACGUGAACCUGUUCAAGUUGGACCUGGCGACAGAGCUCCAAUAAAGAAACCACAAGACAACCUGAAACCAGAGGGAGAGUUUGCCAAACGCGAACCUGUACAAGUUGGGCCUGGAGACCGAGCUCCAAUAAAGAAGCCACAAGAUAAUCUGAAACCAGAGGGAGAGUUUGCCAAACGUGAACCUGUACAAGUUGGACCUGGAGACAGGGCACCAAUUAAGAAACCACAGGACAAUCUGAAACCAGAGGGAGAGUUUGCCAAACGCGAACCAGCACAAGUUGGGCCUGGAGACCGAGCUCCAAUAAAGAAACCACAGGACAAUCUGAGACCUGAGGGAGACUUUGCCAAACGUGAACCUGUACAAGUUGGACCUGGAGACAGAGCACCAAUUAAGAAACCACAGGACAAUCUGAAACCAGAGGGAGAGUUUGCCAAACGCGAACCUGUACAAGUAGGGCCAGGAGAUAGAGCUCCAAUAAAGAAACCACAGGACAACCUGAAACCAGAGGGAGAGUUUGCCAAACGCGAACCUGUACAAGUUGGGCCUGGAGACCGAGCUCCAAUAAAGAAGCCACAAGAUAAUCUGAAACCAGAGGGAGAGUUUGCCAAACGUGAACCUAUACAAUUUGGACCAGGAGAAAGGGCUCCAGUCAAGAAACCUCAAGACAAUCUAAGACCAGAGGGUGAAUUUGCGAAACGAGAGCCCUCUGACGUAAGGCCAGGAGAGCGUGCUGACGUAGUUAAGCACCCAGAUAACCUAAAACUUGAAGGUGAUUUCGACAGGCCUGAUGGAGUGCUGUACAGGCCAGGAGACAGAGCUCCCAUCGUUAAACAUCCGGACAACUUGCGACUGGAAGGAGACUUUGACCGUCCAGAAAAAGCAAAAUUCGGUCCUGGAGAAAGGGCUGACGUAAAACGGCCUCAAGACAAUUUAAGACCUGAGGGUGAAUUCACGGGUAGGAAAAGAGACGAUUAUACUCCGACUAAAGGAGAUAGGAUGCCAGUCAAAAAGCCAGAAGACAACCUAAAGCCAGAGGGUGACUUCACUGGUACAAAACGAGACGAUUACACACCAACUAAGGGAGAAAGGAUGCCUGUCAAAAAGCCAGAAGACAAUUUAAAGCCAGAGGGUGAAUUUCUAGGAAGAAAGAGGGACGAAUUCAGUCCAACUAAAGGAGAGAGAGCACCUGUGAAAAAACCACAAGACAACCUAAAACCAGAAGGCGAUUUUACUGGAAAGAAACGUGACGACUUCACAGCGACAAAAGGCGAAAGGGCACCUACUAAGAAACCGGAGGAUAACUUAAAACCUGAAGGUGAUUUUGUAGGUGAGAGAAGAAAUGAAUACACAGUGGUUAAAGGUGACCGAGCUGUGGUGCGUAAGCCGUCGGAUAAUUUGAAACCUGAAGGUGAAUUCACGGUGGAAAGACGGAACGAGUACACUGCUGUGAGGGGCGAACGAGCUGAAGUGCGCCGACAUGAGGACCACUUGAAGAUGGAGGGGGAAUUUAUCGGCCAGACCACUUUACACGAAGAGUUCCAGGUCGUUCGUGGAGAAAGAGCCGAAGUAAAGCGUCAUGAAGACCAUCUCAGAACGGAAGGUGAUUUUACAUCCGAGACUACGGCCCGCAGCGAAUUCACUGGAGAACGUACGGAGCGACCGAGGCUGAUCCGGCGCAACACGUGGACGAAACUGGAGGGCGAGAUGAUCACCGAGACGACGGCUCGCGCCGAGUACCAGCAGCACGACGUGGUCGAGAGGACGACGGCCGUGCGCAGGCGCAGUGACAACCUCACCGUUGGAGGAGGGCAAUUUGAGGGGACCUCCCAACAGAAAGAAGACUUCAAACCGCUAACAUUUGAAAGGCCCGUUAUAAAAAGACAUCAGGACAAUCUGUUAGUCGAAGGAGAUAUGUCAUUCGAAUCAUCUACUCAGGUAGACUUUACUGAGAAGGUGGGUCGUAGAGAGAGCCCAACACGCAGAAGGACAUGGACAAAACAGGAUGGGGAACGAUUCUUCGAAACGACAAGUGGGUCUGAAUUUAAAAAACAAAUGAUCACCGAAGCUAGACAAGUACAAAAACAUCACAAAGACAAUUUGAUACUAGAAGGAACGUUCAGCGGCACCCCUGUGAGUAGAGAUGACUACAAAGUUACACGAGGAGAGCGAGCUGACGUAAAGAGACCAGAAGACAAUCUUCGGCCAGAAGGAACUUUUGACGGUACUCCAAGAUCACGAGACGAUUACAAACCAGGAAAAGGUGAGAGGGUGAAGGUAAAGAAACCAAAAGACAACUUAAAAACAGAGGGAACAUUUGAAGGCACCCCAAGGUCAAAGGACGAUUAUAAGCCUACAACUGGUGAAAGAGAAGAGGUACGAAAACCUAAGGACAACCUAAAACCUGAGGGAAAAUUUGAAGGAACUCCAAGGUCCAGAGACGACUACCACCCAACCAAAGGCGACAGAGCUGAAGUGAAAAAACCAAAGGAUAACCUCAAACCAGAGGGAGAAUUCGACAUGACACCCAGAUCAAAGGAUGAAUUCAAACCUGUGAGAGGAGAGAGAGCCGAUGUUAAACGACCCAAGGACAAUCUUCGGCCCGAGGGCGACUUUGAACGGCCUGAACCAGAACGCUAUGGGCCUGGGGAACGUCCCUCACCUGUCAGGCAUCCCGACAACCUCAAGCUUGAGGGCGACUUUGAGCGCCCAGUGCCACAGAAGGUAGGUCCUGGCGAGAGAGCCGAAGUGAAGAGGCCAAAGGACAACCUGCGACCAGAAGGGGAGUUUGAGCGGCCAGAGCAUAAGAGGUAUGGACCUGGUGAGAGGCCAGAAAUCGUGAGACAUCCUGAUAAUUUGAAACUGGAAGGCGAGUUUGAUCGUCCUGAACCAAAGAAAGUAGGUCCUGGGGAGAGGGCUGAAGUUAAGAAGCCUAAGGAUAAUCUUAAACCUGAGGGAGAGUUUGAACGCCCUGAACGGGAAAGGUACGGGCCUGGAGAGAGACCAACACCUGUCAGGCAUCCUGACAACCUCAAGCUUGAGGGAGACUUUGAGCGCCCAGUGCCACAGAAGGUGGGACCUGGUGAGAGGGCCGAAGUGAAGAAACCAAAGGACAAUCUCCGACCAGAAGGCGAGUUUGACACGUCUCCACGCUCGAGGGACGACUUCAAACCAACAAGAGGUGAAAGGGCCGAUGUCAAAAAGCCCAAGGACAAUUUACGGCCUGAGGGCGACUUUGAGAGACCAGAGCCAGUGAGGUAUGGUCCAGGAGAACGAGCUACACCAGUGAAACACCCUGACAAUCUGAGGCUGGAGGGCGAUUUCGAAAGGCCUGAGCCACAGAGGGUUGGGCCAGGAGAACGAGCAGAUGUGAAGAAGCCAAAAGACAACUUGCGGCCCGAGGGCGACUUUGACGCCUCUCCUCGCUCCAGAGAUGACUUCAAGCCCACAAGAGGAGAGCGUGCUGAUGUGAAGAGGCCAACCGACAAUCUCAGGCCUGAGGGAGACUUUGAAGGAACUCCGAGAUCCAGAGACGAGUUCAAGCCAACAAGAGGCGAGAGAGCUGAUGUGAAGAAACCUAAAGACAAUCUGCGCCCUGAGGGAGAAUUCGAGAAGCGCCAGCCAGCGCCAUAUGGUCCAGGGGAGAGAGCUGAACCGGUCAGGCACCCAGACAACUUGAAGCUCGAGGGAGACUUCGAACGACCAACUCCACAGAAGGUAGGACCUGGUGAGCGAGCUCCAGUCAAGAAGCCUGAAGACAACCUGCGACCUGAGGGUGAAUUCGAAGGCACACCACGCUCAAGGGACGACUUCAGGCCAACGAGAGGAGAGCGUGCUGAUGUGAAGAGGCCAACCGACAAUCUCAGGCCUGAGGGAGACUUUGAAGGAACUCCGAGAUCCAGAGACGAGUUCAAGCCAACAAGAGGCGAGAGAGCUGAUGUGAAGAAACCUAAAGACAAUCUGCGCCCUGAGGGAGAAUUCGAGAAGCGCCAGCCAGCGCCAUAUGGUCCAGGGGAGAGAGCUGAACCGGUCAGGCACCCAGACAACUUGAAGCUCGAGGGAGACUUCGAACGACCAACUCCACAGAAGGUAGGACCUGGUGAGCGAGCUCCAGUCAAGAAGCCUGAAGACAACCUGCGACCUGAGGGUGAAUUCGAAGGCACACCACGCUCAAGGGACGACUUCAGGCCAACAAGAGGAGAUCGUGCAGAUGUGCGAAAGCCAACAGACAACCUGAGACCCGAAGGCGAGUUUGAAGGUACUCCACGAUCUAGGGACGACUUCAAGCCAACCAGGGGAGAAAGGGCAGAUGUCAAGAAGCCAAAGGAUAACCUACGUCCUGAGGGAGACUUUGAAAGGCCAGAGCCUGUGAGGUAUGGACCUGGAGAGAGAAUGGAACCUGUCAGGCAUCCUGACAAUUUGAAGCUUGAAGGCGACUUUGAACGGCCAACACCACAGAAGGUUGGUCCUGGCGAGAGGGCAGAGGUCAGAAAGCCCAAGGACAAUCUGAAGAUGGAGGGAGAUUUCGAGGUACCAGAGAAACCACGAUAUGGGCCAGGUGAGCGAGCUCCCAUUGUCAAGCACGAUGACAAUCUGAGGCCAGAAGGAGAGUUUGGAGGACCAAGGUCGCGUGAUGACUACACUCCAACAAGGGGUGAGAGAGCACCAGUGGUGAGGCACGCCGAUAACUUGAAGGUAGAAGGUGAUUUUGUCGACUCUCGCACCAGAGACGACUAUCAAGUGGUGAGAGGAGAGCGUCAUGACAUCGUUAAGAGAACAGACAAUCUGAGGGUUGAAGGCACGAUGGAAACACACCGAUCCAGAGACGACUAUCAAGCAGUCAACAUUGAGCGAGUUGAGAUCAAGCGCUAUGAGGAUAAUCUUCGGAUGGAAGGAGAGUUCAUUGACACCAGGAGGGAUGAUUAUGUGGUGGUAAGAGGAGAACGUGCAGAAGUACGAAGACCACAAGACAAUCUCCGACCUGAAGGAGACUUUGAGGGCACGCCUAGAAAUAGAGAUGACUACAAGCCAACGAGAGGAGAGCGCGCCGAUGUGAAACGACCGACUGACAACCUACGUCCAGAAGGCGAGUUUGAAGGCACUCCACGAUCCAGGGAGGAGUUCAAACCCUUGAGGGGAGAGAGAGCCGAUGUUAAAAGACCCAAGGACAAUCUUCGGCCCGAGGGCGACUUUGAACGGCCUGAACCAGAACGCUAUGGGCCUGGGGAACGUCCCUCACCUGUCAGGCAUCCAGACAACCUCAAGCUUGAGGGCGACUUUGAGCGCCCAGUGCCACAGAAGGUAGGUCCUGGCGAGAGAGCCGAAGUGAAGAGGCCAAAGGACAACCUGCGACCAGAAGGGGAGUUUGAGCGGCCAGAGCAUAAGAGGUAUGGACCUGGUGAGAGGCCAGAAAUCGUGAGACAUCCUGAUAAUUUGAAACUGGAAGGCGAGUUUGAUCGUCCUGAACCAAAGAAAGUAGGUCCUGGGGAGAGGGCUGAAGUUAAGAAGCCUAAGGAUAAUCUUAAACCUGAGGGAGAGUUUGAACGCCCUGAACGGGAAAGGUAUGGGCCUGUAGAGAGACCCUCACCUGUCAGGCAUCCUGACAACCUCAAGCUUGAGGGAGACUUUGAGCGCCCAGUGCCACAGAAGGUGGGACCUGGUGAGAGGGCCGAAGUGAAGAAACCAAAGGACAAUCUCCGACCAGAAGGCGAGUUUGACACGUCUCCACGCUCGAGGGACGACUUCAAACCAACAAGAGGUGAAAGGGCCGAUGUCAAAAAGCCCAAGGACAAUUUACGGCCUGAGGGCGACUUUGAGAGACCAGAGCCAGUGAGGUAUGGUCCAGGAGAACGAGCUACACCUGUGAAACACCCUGACAAUCUGAGGCUGGAGGGCGAUUUCGAAAGGCCUGAGCCACAGAGGGUUGGGCCAGGAGAACGAGCAGAUGUGAAGAAGCCAAAAGACAACUUGCGGCCCGAGGGCAACUUUGACGCCUCUCCUCGCUCCAGAGAUGACUUCAAGCCCACAAGAGGAGAGCGUGCUGAUGUGAAGAGGCCAACCGACAAUCUCAGGCCUGAGGGAGACUUUGAAGGAACUCCGAGAUCCAGAGACGAGUUCAAGCCAACAAGAGGCGAGAGAGCUGAUGUGAAGAAACCUAAAGACAAUCUGCGCCCUGAGGGAGAAUUCGAGAAGCGCCAGCCAGCGCCAUAUGGUCCAGGGGAGAGAGCUGAACCGGUCAGGCACCCAGACAACUUGAAGCUCGAGGGAGACUUCGAACGACCAACUCCACAGAAGGUAGGACCUGGUGAGCGAGCUCCAGUCAAGAAGCCUGAAGACAACCUGCGACCUGAGGGUGAAUUCGAAGGCACACCACGCUCAAGGGACGACUUCAGGCCAACAAGAGGAGAUCGUGCAGAUGUGCGAAAGCCAACAGACAACCUGAGACCCGAAGGCGAGUUUGAAGGUACUCCACGAUCUAGGGACGACUUCAAGCCAACCAGGGGAGAAAGGGCAGAUGUCAAGAAGCCAAAGGAUAACCUACGUCCUGAGGGAGACUUUGAAAGGCCAGAGCCUGUGAGGUAUGGACCUGGAGAGAGAAUGGAACCUGUCAGGCAUCCUGACAAUUUGAAGCUUGAAGGCGACUUUGAACGGCCAACACCACAGAAGGUUGGUCCUGGCGAGAGGGCAGAGGUCAGAAAGCCCAAGGACAAUCUGAAGAUGGAGGGAGAUUUCGAGGUACCAGAGAAACCACGAUAUGGGCCAGGUGAGCGAGCUCCCAUUGUCAAGCACGAUGACAAUCUGAGGCCAGAAGGAGAGUUUGGAGGACCAAGGUCGCGUGAUGACUACACUCCAACAAGGGGUGAGAGAGCACCAGUGGUGAGGCACGCCGAUAACUUGAAGGUAGAAGGUGAUUUUGUCGACUCUCGCACCAGAGACGACUAUCAAGUGGUGAGAGGAGAGCGUCAUGACAUCGUUAAGAGAACAGACAAUCUGAGGGUUGAAGGCACGAUGGAAACACACCGAUCCAGAGACGACUAUCAAGCAGUCAACAUUGAGCGAGUUGAGAUCAAGCGCUAUGAGGAUAAUCUUCGGAUGGAAGGAGAGUUCAUUGACACCAGAAGGGAUGACUAUGUGGUGGUAAGAGGAGAACGUGCAGAAGUACGAAGACCACAAGACAAUCUCCGACCUGAGGGUGAAUUUGAGGGCACACCUAAAAAUAGAGUUGAUUACAAACCAACAAAGGGAGAUCGUGCUGAUGUAAAAAGGCCAACAGACAACCUAAGACCAGAAGGCGAGUUUGAAGGCUCUCCACGGUCGAAGGAGGAGUUCAAACCCGUGAGAGGAGAAAGAGCCGAUGUUAAAAGACCCAAGGACAAUCUUAGGCCUGAGGGCGACUUUGAACGGCCUGAACCAGAACGCUAUGGGCCUGGAGAACGUCCCUCACCUGUCAGGCAUCCAGACAACCUCAAGCUUGAGGGCGACUUUGAGCGCCCAGUGCCACAGAAGGUAGGUCCUGGCGAGAGAGCCGAAGUGAAGAGGCCAAAGGACAACCUGCGACCAGAAGGGGAGUUUGAGCGGCCAGAGCAUAAGAGGUAUGGACCUGGUGAGAGGCCAGAAAUCGUGAGACAUCCUGAUAAUUUGAAACUGGAAGGCGAGUUUGAUCGUCCUGAACCAAAGAAAGUAGGUCCUGGGGAGAGGGCUGAAGUUAAGAAGCCUAAGGAUAAUCUUAAACCUGAGGGAGAGUUUGAACGCCCUGAACAAGAAAGGUAUGGGCCUGUAGAGAGACCCUCACCUGUUAGGCAUCCUGACAACCUCAAGCUAGAAGGCGACUUUGAGCGCCCAGUGCCACAGAAGGUGGGACCUGGUGAGAGGGCCGAAGUCAAGAAGCCAAGGGAUAAUUUGCGACCUGAGGGUGAAUUUGAGCGACCUGAGAAGAAGGGAUAUGGUCCUGGUGAGAGGCCAGAAAUCGUGAGACAUCCUGAUAAUUUGAAACUGGAAGGCGAAUUUGAUCGUCCUGAACCAAAGAAAGUUGGUCCUGGUGAGAGAGCUGAAGUUAAGAAACCGAAGGAUAAUCUUAAACCUGAAGGUGAGUUUGAGCGUCCUGAGCAAGUAAGGUAUGGGCCUGGAGAGAGACCCUCUCCUGUCAGACAUCCUGAUAAUCUCAAACUCGAGGGUGACUUUGAACGACGUGUGCCACAAAAGGUGGGACCUGGUGAUCGGGCCGAGGUGAAGAAGCCAAAGGACAAUCUCCGACCAGAAGGUGAGUUUGAGCGGUCAGAGCAAAAGAAAUAUGGUCCUGGCGAAAGACCUAAAAUUGUGAAACAUCCUGAUAAUUUGAAACUUGAAGGAGAGUUUGAUCGCCCAGAGCGACAGAAAUUUGGCCCUGGGCAGAGAGCUGAUGUGAAGAAGCCAAAGGAUAACCUGAAACCAGAAGGUACCUUUGAGGGUUCACCUAGAUCCAAAGAUGAAUUCAAACCAACAAAAGGUGAAAGAUACGACGUUAAGAAACCUGUGGAUAAUCUGAAGCCUGAAGGGGAGUUUGAAAGUCGAAGGAAAUCUAAGGACGAGUAUACUAUUGUACGUGGCGAAAGGGCCGAUAUUGUGAAACAUACUGACAAUCUCCGAAUGGAGGGGUCGUUCGAAGAACGAAGGAGCAGAGACGAUUAUGCUGUUGUAAAGGGGGAGAGGACGGAAAUUAAAAAGCAUACUGACAAUCUCAAAGUAGAAGGGACGUUUGAAGGUAAACGUACACGUGAUGACUACAAUGUUGUUAAAGGUGAGAGGGCUGAAGUUGUAGUUCAUCGAGACAAUCUGAAGGUCGAAGGAACUUUUGAAGCUUCCCCCACAACGCGUGAUGCUUUUAAGCCUACUACAGGAGACCGUGCAGAAGUUAAAAAGCAUACUGACAAUCUCAAAGUUGAAGGGCGCAUUGACAUCCACCGAUCGCGAGACGAUUACACUGUAGUGAAGGGAGAGCGUGCUGAUAUUAAGAGGUAUGAGGAUAACCUCCGUAUAGAGGGAGACUUUACUGAUAAACGCUCAAGCGAUGAUUUCAAACCAGUUAAAGGAGACAGGGCAGAAGUUAAAAAAUACCAAGAUAACCUUAAGUUGGAAGGUUCUUUUGAAGGAAGUCCAAGAUCGAAAGACGAUUUCAAACCAGGAGCUGGAGAGCGUCCUACCAUCCGAAAACCUCAAGACAAUCUAAAAGUUGGUGGAGAGUUCCAGGGUAGAACAACCCAGAAAUCGCAGUACACAGUCGUAAAAGGUGAGAGAGCCGAAGUGAAGAAACAUGCUGACACGCUUUCCGUGGGAAGUGGCACAAUGGACUUAAAAACGACUAGUAAAGAUACUUUCCAAGGCCAGAGACGAGAAUCGGCGUCAUCUAGAGCUACAAUCAAUAAAAGACGGCAUAUGGAUUCUCAAAUUUCGCUCGGAGAUGAAAAUAUUAUUAUAACUACGACCAACAGAGCUAACUAUAAAACAGAAAAACGUGUAUCGGAUGUCGUUGAUGGUGGAAAGACCAUUCAGGACACUAAAAAGUCUACUACGACAGAAAAGAAGACGUUAGCCGACGGUACAGUUGUUACAAUUACGAGAGAAUGCACCGAAACUAUGAGAGGCCAAGAAGCAAAGACUUCACAGACGAAGGUAACACAGCAGGAGGCGAGCUCUAAGAGUACUCUACUAACAUCGUCAGUUGAUAAAGUACAACAACAUUCGGUCCAACACGUGUCGGAUAACAGGAAAAUUUCUACAUCCGAAAACGCAACGCACAUGUCAAAGCAAAAUGCUUCACAAAUAUCCAGAUCCGAGAGUGCGACACAUGUGUCAAAGGCAAAUGCUUCGCAGGUGUCAAGAUCUGAGAGCGCGACACACUUGUCGAAGGUAAACGCUUCUCAGGCGUCAAAAUCCGAAAGUGCGACACACAUAGAAAAGACUAGCUCUUCGCGCAUGACCCAGGAAUCAGUAUCGUCCACCAGUGAACGUACACUCCAGAGCCAGCAGCAUUCGACUGUGAGUGAGGCCACACGGGGAGGUUCAAGGACACACGCUAGCAGCAGUGAGUUCAUGGAGGCCAUCAGCGGCUCGUCACCCGCCGGGAAGUCACCCGGGGAUGCGGCCGUCGCGAAGACUGGCCACCACCGCAAGAGCAUAAUCUCAUCCACGUCAGCUGACGUGAGCAACGCCGUGCUCCACCGGAAGAGCAUGACAACGUCGACGGAAGCCCUGCACACCAUCUCCACUGCAGCGUCCGCACAAAGAAAGAGCAUCAGCAACCUGCACGAAACAGGCCAGUUUAUCAGCAACUCGUCACAGAGCCAGGACAGGCGAAGCCUGAGCGCCCUGCACCGGCAGGGCCAGCAGACACGCGACAAUGUCUCUUCGGUAAUCAGUGUCGAUCACGAGCACCAGCACCACGGAGCAGUGCGACGCUCCUCGACCUACAAUCAACAGCAGCAGCAGCAGAACCAGCUGUCCCGCACAGAACGAAUCGUCCGACAAGAUAACCUAUCCGUGGGUGGAGGCAUGUUCCACGGGCAAAGCGAAGCCAGGGCCUAUGGAAACUUCAUCAGCAACGGCAACAGCUCUACAGUGGUGCGAAGCGAGCGUGUCACCAGGAGGUCCAAUACGUCGCACAUCAGCCUCGGCGACUCUUCAUCCACCAUAAUCGCCUCGUCAUACAAAAACGAAUACGUUCCAAGGAACACAGGUCCUUGCCCGGCGAGUUUGCUCGACACUAAAGACUCGCCGUUCAAGCACAAACGCGACACUCCAAAGCACAAGUUCUAUGCUCCAGUCGGUUCGAAUUAAUUUUUUUUACCCUUAUGUUCCUCCGAUACCGAGAGAUACUUGCGGUUCGGACAGCCUUUCGCACAAGACUGUACAAGCAAUGAUUGCUUUGUAAUUUUUGAAAUCAUAAGCCUUAAUAAACCGUAGCAACGUUCUCUUAUUCUCCCUCCCCAAAGACACAAACGUAUACAAGGAACACGACGGCAAUAAUCGCCAGUAUAGUGUUUCAACAGUAUGUCUUGGGCCUUUACUGCCACAUCCUCUUGUGCUAAAAUGGGUAUCGCGGUUCCUUAUUCUUCCAUUAUUAAUGCUAAUAACCUUCUGGUGGCUAAACUGUGAUAGUAUGUAACCGUCCCUCGUUACACAUUUGUUGAUUGCCUUGGAAAGACAAAUCUAACAUAGUUAUGUUGUAAGGAUUUUUAACAACAGAUGAAGAUAUAUUUUAUUAAAAAUUUAGUGGUUAGUAGAGCUUACUGGUUGUACUGUUUUUAUAAGAACAUUUUUAUUCCCAUGUUGCUGUGUUUAAAAUGUUUAUUUUAAACUUCAUUAUUAAUACUGAUUUUGCUUUGUGGUUACUUUCAAAUCACGGUUGAGAAUUUGCCUAUUUGCCUUUACUCGUUUGUAAACUUUAAAACAUGACCUUUUUUAAUGUGAUUUACAUGGAUAAUUUAUUUCAAUAAGUUUAUUACAGAAUUUUUCGGCUUUUGUUUAUGACUAAAGUGCAUUAAUCUCUGUAGCAUCAAACAAAAACAAAAUAAAAUUUUGUUGUACAAAUA